AUGGGCCAACAACAACAACAACAACAGCAACAACAACAACUUCCUCUUUCGCCGCCUUCUGAACCGACACUCUCGCCUACAGCCAACCUGGUCUCGCUUGACUCCCCGGUUCGCACUACUCCUAUUCACGAACUUCUCUCGAGCAUCCGUGUUCCCGGUCAACCUUUGCAGCCACACCAGUAUCAUCCGGUCACUUGCGUACCGAUUGAAGAAGACGAUGUGCGCGCGCAGUUCGAGCAAUUACGUCAGGAGUUCCCUUCGCCCGAAGCGGCCUUGAAAGAGCAAGAGCAGGUCGCAAGGGAAAUUAAACAGAAACUGGAAGAGGCUGAGAAGAAGCGCGAAGAGAUUCAGAAAGCCAUGGACAAGAAGAUCAAAGAGCGGAACACGGAGAUGAAGGUCCUUUCGAAAUACCAGAAAGUCAAGGCUUCGGAUAUUCCGUCUUGA